CUACUAUGGUCGCGUUCCAAACAAGCUGGUUGGCCCCAUCCUCAGCCGCGAGACAGAUGACUGCGAUUGCGGUUUGAGUCCGUGCGGCGUCUCGUGCUGUCACGGCACGACGUCUACGUGAGGCACCGUGCAACGAAAUGUCACGUCUUAAAAAAAAAUCAAUCAAUCAAUCAACCAAUCAAUCGAUGCUUAAAACGUGACGAGACGAUUGUGUGUACGAUAUACAGGGCGCGUCCGUGUGCUGUGAUCCGCGAGCGAGCUUUAAAGACCCUGCCGCGCGCGCCCGAGCUGUUGCGAGGGGGGAUCGCGUCGUGAGCGCGCGCGCAGGAAGGCUGAUCGUCGGAGAGAGUCGCGUCACGUCACGGAUCUGCAGCGGCCGGGAGAGAUGCUGAGGUGACAGGGAGAAGGAGAAAAGGGACGAUCUCUCUCUCUCUCUCACACACACACACACACAUACACAAACACAUUCACCACUCCUCUGUUGUUGUUUUGUUUUGUUUUGUUUGUUUGUUUGUUUGUUGUAAUCACCGGCGCCACAGCCUCGGUCUCUUCCAAUGGACUGUCCGUUCGCUAUGGGAUUACGCUCGACGUUAUCGCCACCGCCUCCAAACGUAGAGGAUUUUUUGUAACCACACCCGGCUCCUCUUCGGAUCAAGGAUUGGGAGCAAGGACCCGAGGGUUCUUCUGCAGGGCCCAGAUGCCCAGGCCAAUCUGAGGCUUUUGGUUGCUCUGAGAACAGCGGUCCUGGUCCACCAGCGGGAUGAGCGGCGGAGCGGAGCAAGCUGACAUCCUAAGUGUGCUCGCUGUGGUCAAGGAACGAUGGAAAGUGGUGAAGAAGAUCGGGGGUGGUGGGUUCGGGGAGAUCUACGAGGCGCUGGACCAGCUGACCCGGGCCAGCGUGGCGCUGAAGGUGGAGUCGGCCCAGCAGCCCAAACAGGUGCUGAAGAUGGAGGUCGCCGUGCUCAAGAAGCUCCAGGGGAAGGACCACGUGUGUCGCUUUGUGGGAUGUGGCCGCAAUGAUCGCUUUAACUAUGUGGUGAUGGAGCUCCAGGGCCGUAACCUGGCCGACCUGAGGAGGAGUAUGACCCGGGGAACCUUCAGCAUCAGCACCACCCUGCGUCUGGGGCGCCAGAUCCUGGAGGCCAUAGAGAGCAUCCACUCUGUCGGCUUCCUGCACCGCGACAUCAAACCAUCCAACUUUGCCAUGGGUCGUUUCCCCAGCACAUGCAGAACCUGCUACAUGCUGGACUUUGGUUUAGCUCGCCAGUUCACCAACUCUUGCCAGGAGGUCCGGCCUCCCCGGCCAGUGGCAGGGUUCAGGGGAACAGUCCGUUACGCAUCUGUCAACGCGCACAAGAAUAAGGAGAUGGGUCGUCACGACGACCUCUGGUCCCUCUUCUACAUGCUGGUGGAGUUCCUGGUCGGCCAGUUGCCAUGGAGAAAGAUCAAGGACAAAGAGCAUGUGGGGAAACUGAAGGAGACGUACGACCAUCGGCUGAUGCUCAAACACCUGCCGGCAGAGUUCAGUGUGUUUCUGGACCACAUCUCCAGCCUUGACUACUUCACCAAGCCUGACUACCAGCUGCUGAUGUCAGUGUUUGACAACAGCAUGAAAACCUACAACGUAGUAGAGAAUGACCCUUAUGACUGGGAGAGGACCGGCACAGAUGGCACCCUGACCAUCAACGCCAGCGCCACGACACCCCAGCACCACACCCGCCUCACUCCAGCACACAUGGCCAUGGCGAAUGCCUCUCUGAUUCCCGGCGACCUGCUGAGGGAGAACACAGACGAAGUCCUGCAGGAUGAGCAGCUCAGCGACGGGGAGAACAACCCCGUUCCCGACCGCCUCCCAGGCUCCCCCGUCCUCCCCCUGCGCCACCAGGAGGCUGACGUCUGGGAGGAGCUGGACCGCAACCGUAACCGCAUCAGGACUGCAGUGUGGAAAGCGGCCACAGAGGAAGAGCAUAGCAACAACCAGGGCCACCAGAGCCCCUACGCUGGGCCAAGCCUGGGCUCCCCAGUCAAAGUGCACUCUGAGGUGAUGGCCUCAGACCGUGAUAGUCCCCUGCUGAGAAAACUCCGCAACAUCCAUAGCUUUGAGCUGGAGAGGAGGCUCGGCCUGGAGUCCAAGCCCAGUCCAGAGCGCUUCCUGGAGGCCUGCUCAUCAAAGCAGCAGUUUGGCCAGCAGCAGCAGGAGAAGGAGGCUGACGGGGUUGCAGUGGUCCCAGUAGCUCAGAGCCAAGUCGUCCCUGCUGGGGAGCGUCCGGAAAGGGUCUGGCAUUAUGAUGAGGAGUUCCUGUCUCGCGGUGGCUCUCCUAAGCCAGCGUCCCCUGGCUCUCCGGAGCAGGGUGAGGGGGCAGCCAGCAGCGGGGGCUUUGUGGCCCUUAACCUGAGCUCUGGCAGGCACGAUGUUGACUCGAGGGAGUGGGUAAUGGUGGAGCGGCCCAGUGGCUCCCCCGGGGCCAAGGCUACCACCAGCCCUUCAGAGGAGGAUGAGGAGGAGCCGGAGGUGCUCCAGCCAGGGGAACAGUCUCCUGGGUGGGAGAAGGGCAGCCCCAGCCCUAGCUCUGGCAAAGCUAAACAAGAAGCCCUGGCUUCAUCUAUUGGAACUGCCAAAGUGGACAGGCUGGAGCUCAGUGUGAGCCCUGCGGGGAACCUUCCCCCCAUCACUCCAACCAGCCCAGCUGAAGCUCUGGCAGAGGGAGUUCUCACUCAGCUCCCCACCUCUCCUCCGUCCCUGCCUGAGGAGGUUGCGGUCCGGACAUCCAGCCCCAUCCUCCUGCGCUCUCCCAGCCCACACACCCUCCUGACCACCCUGUCGGACCCGCUGCACCAGCGCCAGCCGCCGGGUAUGAGGCGCAGCCAGUCUGCCGAUCAGCCGCCACAGCAGGAGCGCCCCUCCUCCUCCUCCUCCUGCCACGCCUCCCUACCACUACCGCCAAACCCCGCCCCCGGCACCCGCUCGCCCGGCCGCAGGAAACUGCCUGCCAUCCCGGCGGGCGCUGCCAACACCAAGUUCCCCUCUGUCAUACGCAUCACUCGCGCCCAGCUGCAGCAGUUGACGGCUCAGCGUCCCUCUGGGCUGUCCUCUCAGUCAGGAUCGGACAGUGCUCCACAGUGCCUCCUGUUAGAGAGGCGUGCUGAAGCUGAUGCUGAGGCUCAGCAGCCCCAGGAACACGCCACAGAUGUCAACUCCCCCCAGGAUCAUGAGCCCACCCAGCCAGGCACUCCCACAGACCCCCUGGCUGAGACGCUGGUCAACGGUGACAGCCACACUAAAGCCCAUAGCCCCGUGCCAAGCCGAGUUUCUUCACCGCACUCCGCCCAUUCUCCGCGCUCGCCGUCCUCUCCACGCUCCCCUCACUCCCCUCGCAGCCCCGUGUUUGCCAAUGGCCACCUGUCUCCCCCCGUUAAUGGCCAACGAGACUUAAGCAACGGAGCGUUCCCCAAGCUGAGAGACCUUGAGAAUGGCUGUGGCGUCGCUACCAAUUCCUCACAGCCCCAGCAGCAUGUGCCAGGAAGGGAGGGGAAGGGGGAAGGGAGCCAGGCUGCGGAGGAGACCAGUGGCCCCGCCUCCUCCUCCCCUGCUGCCCCCCGUAAAGACCCUAACCGCAGACACAGCCGUAUCCCUGUACUUGAGCCCUCCAGUCUGCUGGAGCCCCCUCCUCCAGGUUCUGCUAAAGAGAAGCUUUUGCAGAAGAAGGCUAACCACCAGGGCCCGGUCCCCUCUCCCACUGCCUCUCCGUCCCUCUCCGAUAGGCGUGGCCCCAUGGUUGCCUCCCUCCCCAGGGACCCACUGUCCUCUGCCUCAGACCGCUCCCAGGAAGAGGAUUCCCUCCUGGGCUCUCGCUCUGACCGCCAAGGAGACGAUGCUCCCUCCCUCUCCUCCUCCUCCAGCCCCUUGUCCCGCAAGAGCAGGAUCCCUCGUCCUGUGAAUCCCACCCCUGGUCCUGAGCAGCUGGCUGCCCAAUUCCUGCCACGCCCACCCCCUGGAAAGCCACCCAGCCGCCCCACAGUGGAGGGCAGGCUUAGGCGUUACCGCAUCCGAGCUGGCAGCACCAGCGACUCAGACCUCCUUACCUGCCUGGCGCAGCUUAUGCAUGGUUCCCGUGGCUCCCCCCUUCACCACCGCUCUUCUGCCCAGCACGGCGGCUCCAGGAUGGGCAUCUGUAGUCUGACAAGCUCGCCCCACCACCACCGCAGCUCCAGCGCCUCCCCGCGCAGCUCCUCCUCCCUGCAACGCUCCGUCAGCUCCUCACCCUCGCGCUAUGAACACCGUGGCGGCGGGGGAGGCGGCUGCCUGGGUCGUAGCCGCUCACCUCCCAGCUUCUCUGGCUCGCCGCCUCCCCGCCGCUCCUACCCCCACCAUCAGGAGAUCUGCUGCAGCCGCCAGGCCCGCACAGGCCCCUUCCACCUGUCAAGGGGAAAAGGCUGCAGCCGAGAGGGCAAGUGCUCCAGCAAGCUGAGCAGAUAGUUGCCCACUGGGAUGCUCUGCCACAGCCACAGCAGAGGAUGGGAAGACUACAAUCAGUAUGGGGAAGACCACAGUCAGGAUGAAGGCCUGAGUCUUCCUGCCCAAGUAUCAAUAGACAAGAAUUGUUUCCCUUUUUCCCUGUCAGUCUGCACCUCACCUGUGUCUCCCCACCUCACACUGUUCUCUUCAGUCCUUCCAUUUGCACAGUUUUUAUGUUUUUCACUCAUUUAAUUGCCUAAUUGUAUGGUACCUAAUCAAACAAGGGAUGUUGACAUUUCAGGCUAUUCAAUUUAAAGAGCUUACCAUGUUAUAGAAUAAACUAGAACAGCUGUAAUACUACACAAAGUGAUUUCCUAAUUCAGGAAGUACUCUAGUAACUCAAUAGUUGAGCCAGUGAACUUAUAAAUCAGCUCCCUGUUUGUUAGUCUUUGAUGCACCACGAUAUAUAGUAAUCCAUUCAACCCCAUUAUCAAUGCACUUGUUAUACUGAUGGAAUAUCAGUGUAGCUGAUCACUACUUAAUUAAAUAUUGGCCUGGGGUUGACUCAGUUAUCUCUUCUGCUUUGAUUUGGAGAUUGCAGGCAGGGUAUACUUUUUACUUUAUAUACUAUAUGCGAAUGCAUACAGCCAGAAUAAGUGUACAAUAGUAUUUAUUAAAAUAUUAUUUAUUUUAAUGCUUAGCAAUGUUUAACGGAGGGGAUUACUCUAAAGUGAUCCUUUAUACAAUCAUGUAAAGUGUGUGAAGACACACACCUACUUGUGCCUACUGUGUUGCUAAGGGAGAAUCUGAACGUCACACUGAAUGAAUGACUGAAUUACAGGUCAGAAGUCCUUAGAAGUGCAUCGAUGUAACAUGUUUCUCAACUCCGUCCUCCCACUAGUAGUAGUGUCUGUAAACCUAAACAACACAAGGUACAUUUGUUAUAAACCAAUUGAAUCAGCAAUGAUAGACACAGAUGUUUGUUUCAGCGUGUGCCUUGGCACUUUGGGCAGCUUUGGUGUUUUUGUGAUUAUAAAAAAGGGAGCCAAAAAACUUGACCUGUAGUGAUUUGUGCCAGUGGUUAAGACAGCCCUUCUCACCUGGAUCCUAACCGUAUUCUUUUAAGGAAAGAAGGGAGCAGCAAGAAUGUGUGUAAAUGAAACACAAUUUGAGGAACAAUUUACUUGAAGUCAGCAUAACUGUUAUCUGUGCAGACAAAAGGAAAUAUUUUAAGUGAAAUGUUUAGUUUUAGCUGUCCUGUAUGACCUUGUGAUGCCAGGUCAGUGUCAGACUCUCAGAUAAAACGUUGAACAAAUGUGAAAUCCAGACCUCAAGAAACUAAUGUCAGACGAUACGUAUGCCAUAUGUAUUUCUCACACCAAAAUGUUCCAUGCCUCUGUGGGUAUUUUUUUUUUUUUUAUCAGUUUCUCUUGCGGUAGAGAAUGUCUUUUAUAAUAAUGACAUACUGUAUGUUUGUACACAUGGCAAUAGAACCAUUGUAUUGUUUGAGAACCACUCUUUAAUUUAUUUCACAUUCCUCACUCAAACCUUCCUCUACAACCUCCUCUUCCCACUCCUCUGCUUGUAAGAUACUGUAAAAUAACUCCAGCUUCCAGUGCUACUCUUUGCAUGCUCUACAGAGAAUACAGACAAAAAAAAAAAAAAAAAAAAAAAUCAGAACAAACUCUUAAGUAAAAGCAGCAUACCAGUUACCAUCACAUGCCAUUUAUCUUGUGAAGAUUACAAACCGAAAGGGAUUUUCAUUUUCCUGUUGGGUGAGCAGUUUAAUUUCUAUGAACCUGUAUAUUCUCUCUUUUCCGCCGAAUCUCAAUUUUCUCUCGCUGUCCUCUUCCCGUUUGUUCUAUAACAGUAGUUUUCUGCGCUACCUACUUUGUCUUUGGACGACUGUGUAGCUUACAAAUUCUGGACUGUAUUUUUUGAUCGGUGCGACUGUCUGAAUUCCAUCUGGCAUACAUAAUGCAUAAACAAUUAUCCCAUGAAAAAGAGAGGAAUAGACUGCUUUAUUUUAAGCACUUAAAACGACAUGGGUUGAAAGACUGACUGUCAGUUAUGGUUGCACAUAUGGACAAAAAAAAAGAUCAAAUUGCCAGUAUUUUGAUAUGUUUUGCAACUGUGGUUUGAAUUGCAAUAUGAUAAACAUUGGAGUAUGUUGGAGUGCUUAGGAUUUCAAUGGGCACGUUGCUUUGUAGAUGUAAAAAUGUGCUGUUUUGACUCAUGCAGAUCCUGCAGGUACCUACGCUAGUCUCACAGAGCAGCUAUGAUGACUCAUCCUGAAGGCAGACAGUGUUCAGUCAGUCAGCUGCCUUAAUGUCUCCUCUCCCCCCCCUCUGUGCAUAGCGAGGGAUGACUGAGCCUUGUCUGUGUUGGAGAUCAUUCCACUAUUAGGCCAGCCAAGCCUUCUGUCAACUGUCUCUGUUUUUGAGUGGCGUGUGCCACCAUGCCUGUCAGUGUGUGUGGUCAAUAAUUACCACUGAAAUCAACGCAGGAUUCUGCUGUUAGACUGAUAGUAUUGCUCUCGCAAAGCUGCGGUUACAUUGGAGAGCUCCCUGUUUAUGUUUUUUUUUUUUUUUUUCCUGUGAGAAUGUGUCAACUAUUUACUGAUUAAACUGGUGGAAAGUGAGAAGUCGCGGGUGCAGAAUUUGGUCGUAUGAUAAUUGUAUGCCUUCUUCCAGGCGCUUGCAGAUUUCCAUAAGUCGCCAGCAAUCAAUAUUUGAAUUCUCCUCUUUGAACUCUCAAUUUCAGGCGUACAGAUUUCAAGGUAUUUCAAGCUUUUCCAACUUCCGAACGCUGUUGUGCAGACUUUUAAUAUAUACCUGUAACCUGUUCAAAGUAAUUAUUUAAGCAAAGUCGUUAUUGUAAACCAUAACUUAUUUGCUAACGAGCUUCAGUCAAAGGGAGGCACAGACACUAAACAGUGCUGCUGGUUUUAAAGAGAAGAUAAUCAGAUUUCUUCAUGGUUUUCUUUAUUGUUAUUGCACAAUGUGGUGUGUAGUUGUAGUACUAGUGUUGCCCUCCAGAUGAGAUUUUUUGACACUUUUCUGAGUGGCCUGCUGAUAGCAAGGUGUCAUAUAGUAUAUAGUAGCUUGCCUGUAUCUAUAGUCCAGUGAGGUUGCUGUGGCUACAGAUACCCAUAGGCCAACAGAACAAACCAACCUUUUUUUGAACUGAUAGUCAAGGUGGAAACUAAUGAAAGCUUUGGUGUGCACUGGCACACUUGUCAUAUGUCAUAACAUUGGAUUAAUUGUUUAUAAAUUAUAAAUACUGGACAGAAAUUAUUUAUUGUCACAGUUGCUAAUUUGCCCAUCCAUCAGUAUGACUUUGUUGGAUGUUUUUUUGUUUUGUUUUAUUUUAUUUUGUUGCUUUGUUUCUGAAUGGUUGCUAUUUUUGUGUUGUAACGUAUGUCUUGGUUUUGAAAUGUAACUGUACAGUCUCAAGGAAAGAAUGUAACAAGUGGAAGUUUUUGCAUUGUACAUAACUGUAAUUAUUUAUGUUUACUCUAUCAUUUGUAUCAUAUCAAUGCCUUGUACAGUGUUUUUUUUUCUGUUGGUUUAAAAUUAUUUUGUAUUUUAUUUUUAUAAACUGGUUAUAAAUAAAAUACUCAUUCCGCAUGCA